CAUUAUUAACCUGAGUCUGAGUCUGACUGACCUAAUUAAUAAACUCAAAACCUUGGACGGACGUACCCACCUACCCCCGAUUUCCUGUCCCAGUCCCACCCAACCAACCUCAACCUGCCUUUAUUACUUAUUAAACGACGACGUUUCGAGUAGUAGCAGCAGAAACUGGUGAAUGAAUCAUGGAGGCUGAUGCAGCUGGACCUCUGAAUACUGCUUCGAGCGCAUGGAGCUUUGGCGCGGCUGUUGUGCUGGUAUUAGGGUUAGGGUUGGGGUGGUGGCUGAUGAAUGUGGUGAACAAUCUGUGGUUGAGGCCGAGGAGGGUGGAGAAACUCCUGAGGGAGCAAGGGUUGGGAGGGAAUCCUUACAGGCUCUUCUUCGGAGAUUUGAAGGAUAUCAAGAAGAUGAGGGAAGCUUCCACCUCCCAAGCUAUGUCCUCCCUUUCCAACGACAUCGUUCCCAGAGUUCUCCCCGACGUUCACAGGGCCGUCACCGACUACGGCAAGAAAUGUUUCCUUUGGUUUGGGGCAAGACCUGCAGUUAUAAUUACGGAUCCUGAAGCUGUAAAAGAGAUAUUUAGCAAAAGUUUCAAUUAUCCAAAGCCUCCUCGAAAUCCAAGGAUCAAGGUUCUCACAAGAGGAGUAGCAACCUACGAGGGAGACAAAUGGGCCAAGCACAGAAAGCUCAUCACGCCUGCUUUUCAUUUGGAGAAACUUAAGCACAUGGUUCCAUCGUUUCACUUGAGCUGUGCCGACAUGCUGAGCCUAUGGGAGAAGAUCAUCCCCGACAAUGGCUCGCGCGAAUUGGAUGUCUGGCCUUAUAUCCAGACCAUGACAAGUGAUGCCAUUUCGCGCACUGCAUUUGGAAGCUCCUACGAAGAAGGAAGAAGAGUGUUCGAACUACAAAAGGUGCAGGCUGCUUAUGUUAUGGAAGCGCUUCGAUCUGUUUACAUCCCGGGAAUGAGGUUUCUCCCGACAAAAUCGAACAGGAGAAUGGAGCAAAUUGUGAAGGAAGUAGAGACAACCUUGCUAAGAGUAAUCAAGAAAAGGAUGCAAGCAAUAGAAGCCGGCGAAAGCUCUGGCCAAGAUUUACUAGGGCUGCUAUUGGAGUCGAAUUUCCGGGAAAUAAAGGAGCAAGGGCAUAAGCAUGGGAUGAGCUUGCAAGAGGUGAUCGAGGAGUGUAAGCUUUUUUACUUUGCAGGACAGGACACAACCGCCACACUUCUUACAUGGACUAUGGUUUUACUAAGCAAGCACCCCGCGUGGCAGUCGCGUGCAAGAGAAGAGGUUCGACAAGUCCUAGGAGGUCGGCAAAACCUCGAGCAUCAAGAUUUGAACCAGCUCAAAGUUAUGACCAUGAUAUUCUACGAGGUUUUAAGGUUGUACCCGUCGAUACCAUUGUUUCAUCGAAUUACUUGUCGAGAUAGUACAUUGGGAGGCCUUCAAAUCCCAUCUGGGGUGCAACUUUUGGUGGCGGCGCCAUUGUUGCACCGAGAUAAAGAAAUAUGGGGUGACGAUGUGCUGGAAUUUAAUCCCGAGAGAUUCAGCGAAGGGGUUUCCAAGGCAACUAAUGCUCAGGCGAUUUAUAUACCUUUCGGCGCUGGCCCUCGACUGUGCAUCGGACAGAACUUCGCCAUGUUAGAAGCCAAAAUGGCAAUGUCUAUGAUCUUGCAAGGCUAUACAUUUGAGCUGUCGCCGUCGUACUCGCAUGCACCUCAAAUAGUGAUUUCUCUUGUGCCUCAACAUGGUGCUCACUUGAUUCUUCACAAAAAUUCAUCAUCAGCAUCAGCAUCAGCUUGAUCGAUGGAUGUAUUGUUGAGAUCGAAUUUCACUUCAUUUUCUUGGAACUUAAUAACGUACAUUAUGAGGUUUCGAGUACUGUAGUGUUGACAAUAAAUAACUCUAUAUUUUCACUAGAUGGUGAUUUUUCGAACAGAUUUGAAA